UCGUACUUACUUAUCUCAUAAUAACAACAAAUAAUUGAAAUGAUUCGUCGUGUUAUUUUGUUGAAAGAUUGAUGUAAUAGCUAAUUAACAAUCCGUAUUGUUUUUCAUAAUAUUAUGCUCUCAGACAGUAGCAGCAGGUCAUCUGGCAGCUUCGCGCGGCUUUAUCUAUCGUUCGUUCGCCGGUCGCACACUCUUCUCUACGCAAUAAAUAAACGAUUGCACUCGCGUGCUCGUAGUGGGCGCUUGGUUAUUUUCUAAAUAGAUUUUGUUUAUAUUUUUGUAAAUAGUGGCGGCAGUAUUCUUAUUAAGAAAGAGUCGUGUUUGAUAUUUGGUAAAACAUAAAUAAAAAAAAACUUUCACUUUACCAAAGAUUUCGUUCUCUAUUUCUGCGGUAGGAUCUCUGUGUCAAAUGUCAAAACCUAUUUUUGUUGUUUUCAAUGUACUGACGUGAUUUUUAUUUUUAUUUGUAAAAUGGACAUUUUUGAAAGUUAAAUAAGUGAAUAACGAUCUUACUACUAAACAAAAACAAGUGUUAAUUGGUGCAAUACAAAAUGAAUUGUGUACGCUCGAGAGUUCCUGAAUAAUUCGCAAUUUCUAAAUCGGGGUGUUUAGUCCGUCUUCGGUUUCUUUCUAUUUUACAAUCUACUCGUGUAGGUGUGGAGAUUUAAGUGUCUGUGUACGUUUAUUCUAAUUACCAGGAAACAAGUUCGUGGAUUUGAUUAUAACCACCGAUAUACUUGAGAUGAACAUCGGAAUGCGAAUUCAGUUACAUUUAACAUAGUUGAUGCACGUGCGAAGACUAUCCACGAACCACAUUGACAUUGUAUGAUAUACAUAAAUGUAAUGGACCGUAGCUAGGAUCGGGAAUGAAGUGGUGGGGCGAGACGCUAGGACGCGGCGCGUCGGCGCAGUUGUCCCGAGUGGCCCGCAUGCGGCGCGCACUGCUCCUGUUAGCAGCGGCGGCGUGCACGGCGGCCGCCCUGCUGUAUUGGAGACAGCAGAGCGAUGACCGCGCGCACCGACCGCUGCACGCGCUAUAUGCAGGUGUCGAACCACAAUGGAGCUGGGUAUGCCGCAACUUACGGUGCGAGAGGCUACUCGCGUCGGAGACGUCGACGCUGCAGUCACUGCCGACGUGCAACAUGCUGUGCGACAGCACGCAGCUGUGGCCGCAGCCCACCGGGCCCGUCAGCCUCGCCACCGCCGUGCAGCCCGUGCGCGCCGACGGCUUCAAGCUGCAGAUCAUAGCGUCGCCGUCGCGUGACGUCUCCGACCACCUCAGCGAGGCCUUCGAGCUGAUGCGCGAAGACAUGCGAGCACUCGAGCGCAGCGCCGGCGACCACCGGCCGGCCGACUACGGCGCCCCGCGCGACGUGCACGUGCGCGUCGCCAUCAACGGCAGCGCCGACCCGCGCAUGCGCCUCGACACCGACGAGAGCUACAAGCUCACGCUGCGCCCCAGCAGGAAGACUCUAGUGGCCGACAUCACCGCGCACUCCUUCUGUGGCGCCCGACACGGGUUUGAGACCCUAUCGCAGAUAGUGUGGUUGGACCCUUACGCCGGCUCCUUACUUAUAUUGGAGGCCGCCACGGUGGUAGACGCGCCGAGGUUCUCCUACCGCGGGUUGCUCCUUGACACCGCUCGCAACUUUUUCCCAACGGAUGAGAUAUUACGAACGAUAGACGCGAUGGCGGCGUGCAAGCUGAACACGUUCCACUGGCACGUGAGCGACUCGCAGUCGUUCCCGCUGCGGCUGGACAGCGCGCCGCAGCUGGCGCAGCACGGCGCGUACGGGCCGGGCGCCGUGUACUCGCCGGACGACGUGCGGGCCGUGGUGCGUCACGCCAAGCUGCGCGGCGUGCGCGUGCUGCUGGAGGUGGACGCGCCGGCGCACGUGGGCCGCGCGUGGGGCUGGGGGCCCAGCGCCGGCCUGGGCCACCUCGCGCACUGCAUCGAGCUCGAGCCCUGGAGCGCCUACUGCGGCGAGCCGCCCUGCGGACAGCUCAACCCGCGCAACCCCAACGUGUACGAGCUGCUGCAGCGCAUCUACGCCGAGAUCAUCCAACUCACGGAGGUGGACGACCUGUUCCACCUGGGCGGCGACGAGGUGUCGGAGCGGUGCUGGGCGCAGCACUUCAACGACACCGACCCCAUGGAGCUGUGGCUGGAGUUCACGCGGCGGGCGCUGCACGCGCUGGAGCUGGCCAACGGCGGGCGGGCGCCGGAGCUGGUGCUGCUGUGGUCGUCGCGGCUGACGCGCUCGCCGUACCUGGAGCGGCUGGACUCGCGGCACCUGGGCGUGCAGGUGUGGGGCUCGUCGCGCUGGCCGGAGUCGCGCGCCGUGCUGGACGCCGGGUUCCGCGCGGUGCUGUCGCACGUGGACGCGUGGUACCUGGACUGCGGCUUCGGGUCGUGGCGCGACAGCUCGGACGGGCACUGCGGGCCGUACCGCUCGUGGCAGCAGGUGUACGAGCACCGGCCGUGGGCGGAGGAGGCGGGCGCGGGCUGGCGCGUGCAGGGCGGGGCCGCGUGCCAGUGGUCGGAGCAGCUGGCGGCGGGCGGGCUGCACGCGCGCGUGUGGCCGCGCGCGGCGGCGCUGGCGGAGCGGCUGUGGGCGGACCGCGCGGAGGCGGCGGCGCCGGACGUGUACCUGCGCCUGGACACGCAGCGCGCGCGGCUGCUGGCGCGGGGCGUGCGGGCGGCGCCGCUGUGGCCGCGCUGGUGCUCGCACAACCCGCACGCCUGCCUCUAGCGCGUGACGCACACCUACACAACUAGGUACAUAAUAAAACGUGUUACAUAGCUAGGCUGAUGAUGUAUGUGAUAAGAGACUGUAACUUAUUCAAAUGUAUCGAUGUAAGACGAAAUGUCCUAUCGAGUGUUCGCGAACGCAACAGAUCUGUUCCGCUGUGGAUCAUAAUAUAGAAUCACUUAGGUGUUUGAAUUAAUUCGCAUUUUAUAAAGUGUUGAGCUUCUCUUUUCUAUAAAAGUUGCUUUGUUUCUGUAAUCAAUCGUUUUUUAAUAAAAGUUACAUUUUGUGUAGAUGAAUCUUAAAUCGAUUAUUGAAGUUUGUAAGUGAAAUUAUUAAUAAGUUAAAAUUAAGUGAAAUUGUUUAAAUUGAAUAUUAUUCGGUCAGGGCUAGUGAACUCUGGUAAGGUACCGUAAUGGACCUGUUCGCUGUAGUUACAAUGAAACAAUCCAGAGAAUUAAUAAUAAUAACACUUAUACUGGGCUUAAAAUCCAGUAACUACAAACUCAUUAAAAUAAGUUGCCAAUUUGUUAAUUUUGUUAGUAAUAAGGAUAACAUUUUUAGACAUUUACUAAAACAAUAACACAAGGAAAAAUACUGACUUUAGCCGGCAUCACACAGUUCUGUGAAAUUCAAUUGAGUAAUUUAUUUUUAACAAAUCGAAUCUUUCAAAACAAAUCAGAUACAUUCAGAUACGCGCAUAGGUACUUCUAAUGUCGAAUUCACAAUCCUGGGUUUACCAGAACAUCAAGAAACUAGUUGUUGAAAAGAUUUUUUCAAUAUUAAUAAAAUGGCAAAUGGCGUAUAACACGCAACUCAGUUUCACCAACUGUGUUCACCAACAUUAACAGACGCAAUCUACCUAAACGCACACGCUACUCACAAUCAUUAAGUAGAUACUGAAAAUUGUUUUAUUAUUAUUAUAGAAAGUUAAUAGAUGCAUAGAAAAUGUAAUAUUUGAAUGUUUGUGUUAUUGGUGAAUGUUAAUCUAAGUAACAUAACUUGUGAAUCUGUUUCUUUUUUAUAAAGGUGCGUCUAGACUUGAUAUGUUACUGUGCAAAAUGUGUGCAAACAUUUUGAAUAGCACCAUGGCUCAGACAUAGAUUGCUCGGCCAUCAGUGUAAGUAAAUAUUGUUGUAAUGAACAGGCAGUUUUGUUGCCAACAAUGCAGCCACAAAUUGCACAGAAAUGUAGCACGUUUAGUUGUUGAUCCUCGACCACGACGAAAACAUUUUGAUAUAUGCAAUCAAAAGCUUAUAAAAAGUUCAACAAAACCUAAAACCAAUAAUAUUUUUAAUUUGAUUGUGUAGAAUCUGAUUUCAUAAACCUGAUACUUAUACACAUAAUAAGUACUUCUACAAGCUGUGUUUAUAUUACAUCGUGGAUCUUGCGAUCAUUACCGAUUUAUUGUUAGAUCCAAUCUCAUCAGAAAUCUACUAUAUUUUUACAUUAUACACAUUUAAUAAUUAUUUUUCUUAUUUCCUUUUUAAACUGCAAUCAUAAUUUAAUUUACUAUUGAGAUUUUUUGUAAAUAGAUCGAUUAUUUUGUAUAUUACGAUUACAGUUAUGGUUAAUUUAUUAUGUAGUUAAUGAUACGAUUGAUAUUGAUACGAUUUUUGUUCUGACUGGCUCGUUAACAUUUUGCGUGACUGAGAAAAUAAGGAUCAAGGCACACUGACAUAGUAAAAACUUUAUUUAUUCUAUGUAUAAAGUUGAUAUUAUAAUUCGUACGCUAUGUAAUAUUUAGGCUAUUAAUACGUUGUCGUCGUUGUUGCUUCUGGUCGUCAGUGCACUUUGAGCCUUAUCGGCAGUGGAUGUAAAUCUCACAUAAUGUGUCAACAUUUAAUUUAGGUAAUUAGGUACUGAACAUAAAAUACACAGCCACAAACGUGGCAUUUAGACACGAUGCUAACCCGCUCCGGUCACGAAGGUAGCGCAGUGGUCACGCCUGCAUGCUAUUGUACGACGCAGCAUGUAAUUCAGAAUAACUAGAUAAUAGUAAUGUAAGUUCGCCAGUAACAAUCGUCACGAGAUAGACGUUAAGUUGAACGCAUUGUGUCAAUGAGCGAGACUUCAUUCCUUCGUUAAAUGUGAUGAGUAAACUGGCACAAUUUUGUACAUUUUGUAUGUAAUGUUUGGUGCUAUAGUGAUUUUCGUGGUGUACUUCUAUGAAUUAAAGAAAAUAUGAAAAUAA